AAUCGUGACAUUCUCUCUCACUUAAACUAGUCAUCAUAUUCAAUAUUUUUCGGAAACACAAUUACCUAGUGGAAUCUGAGACCAUCGUGAAAUGUUGUUUUUGUUGGUGGUGUUUGUGAAGGAAGAGAUAUUGGAUGAGACUGACGAAUACGUUGCUGUUCAUAACAAGCUGAAAGUGAAUAUGAGAGUAAGGAGAUCAAAGUCAGAAUCUCCAGGAGCAGCCCAUCUGCGCUGGAUAUCACCAAUGCCAUCCCCACUGUCUUCAUACCAUCACUCUCCACUUUCUUCAUCGUAUAAUCACUCACCAAUGCCUCCGCGUAUUCACUCCCCAUUUACUCCACCGCCUCUCUCUUCUUCCCUUGGAAAUUACUUGCACUCUUCUCCCACUCCAUCUCCCGUUUCUCCAAAUAAGGUUUCAAGGAAAUCGUACGAAAAGCUGAAGCAGGCAUAUGGAUCAUAGAGCGCAGUUUUUAUUUUAUUUCUGUUGAUAUCAAAUAGUCUCGUGAAGCUACUCGUUACUUAAAGGGUUUAAUUAAACGAGGAUGCAUGCUUGGCCUUAA